GAAGCACUAGUUAACGACUCGUCAUCAUACGAUCGUUGCCCGUAUACCUCUCUUUCACCCUACACAAGAACCCUUGAAUCAGAAAGCAUCUGCAAAUCAAAUUUCUGAAGAUGACGCGGACUAAGACCAUUAUCGACCAUUCCAUCUGGAGAAACCUUCCGCCGGAGAUAAUCGGCGACGUACUCUAUCGAUUGCCCAUCAAGUCCCUCUGCCGAUUCAAGUGCGUCUCACCCUCGUGGAAUUCCCUAAUCUCCUCCCCCGGUUUCGCCGAAACCCACCUCCACAUAUCCGGUACCCCAAACAAGCCUCAAAAAACCAUUCUCAUUACCAGCUCCCACGCUCUCUUCUCCGUCGACUUCGCCGCCGCGAAUCCCACCGCGGAAAAGCUUGAUUUCACGCUCCCCGGGGAACGCCCCGGCAAUCCGGUCCGCGUUUGGGGCUCCUGCAAUCCGGUCUGCGGUUGGGGCUCCUGCAAUGGCUUGGUUCUGGUUUCUGAUCAAGGUGUUUCUCUCAGCCUCUUCUUGUUGAAUCCAUUCACUAGAGAAUGUAAGAAACUGCCCCAAUCGCCUCUGGCUGACCUCUGUUUGUAUGAAGAUCCCCACGUUUUUCAACAUGGAUUGGGUUACGACUCGUCUACGGAUGAUUACAAGGUUGUGAUGCUCCUUACCCGUCCUAUUAUUGAUUCUAAUGGCUAUGAUUACAUCAAUAAUGGGGCUGUCUAUUCACUGAAAAUUGAUGCUUGGAGGAGAAUUCAAGAUUCACAUUAUAUCCCAGAGGGUCUUCUUCAUGGCGUUUAUUUUAAUGAGCGUCUCCAUUGGCUUUGGCGGAGCCCUAGUAGUGGUUCUAAAGUUGUCGUUGCUUUUGAUUUGUGGGAUGAGGUUUUUAGGGAAGUGCCCCUGCCUACUUCCUUUGAUAAUUAUAAGUUGGGCCCGUUGGUACUUGGGAGUUGUCUCUGUUUGGUUGUUUUGCCCUUUGAAGGUGAUGUAAUUGAAGUUUGGAUGAUGAAGAAGUACGGGGUAAGAGAGUCGUGGACCAAAUUUACGAUGACUAAGCACUGGAUGGGUUUAGAGGAUGUGUUGUAUUUGGCAGCAGAAGAGGAAUUUGUAUUGAGAACAUCUGAAAUGAUAGAAGAAGUUAACGGGGUAGGGAUAAUAGAUGAAUCUAGUCUAGAGAAACUAGUAGUGUACAAUCCUAAAAAGGAAACACUGAGGGACAUGGUGGUUUGUGGCAUUCCAACUAAAUAUACGGUUGGAGGCAACUACAUCGAAACCCUCGUCUCUCCUAAUCACGGAGGACGGAUUCGGAGACACUGUGAAGCUUCUUGAGGUGAAAGUUCAAAGAGUUAUCAGCGAAGUAACAUCCAAGCUCUAAUCCUGCAAAUUAAACUCUGUGUAGCAGUACUCAACUGUUUACCGGCUAACCAUGUUUCUAUCUAGAUACUCACGAUUCAAACUAGUAUCCGUUUCACUUUGGAUACCAAAGCCUGAUGCUCUUCAACACUUCAUCUCCUAGGGCUUUUGAAGGCACUUCUGGGGCUUGAUUUCAAUUGAAGUUUUUUGUUUUUUAAUGUGUAUUCUUGUAGCUUCAAUUUCUUUUCUUGGCUAGGAACGGCUUUGUUGUGUUGUGGUAUUGUUGUUUGUUAUUCCAUGACUGUUCUGUUAUUCACAUUGGGAUGUAACGAGGAUGGCUUUCAUACGGAGGACUUGGGGAAAUUCCCUGUUCGUCGGGUCCAAGAAAUUGAGUGCUUGAAGCUCAAGCUAGUUGUAUUGUCAUCACCAAAUUGUGAAGCUCUUGCGGAUAGACAGCUUUGGAGUUGUCAUCCUAUUAAUCUUUAUCUUGAAAUAGCAAUAGCUUCUUAUGUUGUAACAGAUCGACGCUCCACAUUCAUGGUUUGUGUUAAUAAGUUCCAAAGUGUUUUUUUUUUUUUUUGGGAACAAAAAUUUGUUCGAAAGUGAACUCCUGUGAUUACCAAUAGGUGAAUAUGGAGAGAGAAGGGGUGCAAUUUACCUGAACAGAAUAUGCAGUCAUCAGUAGAAACCUUACAAGAAGGGCAGAAAGCAAUGGUGGGGAUUGAAAUAUGACUCCCAUUGCGAAACUCUGAAAUAUGAUAAAAACAUUAAAUCAGCACAACAUGAAAAGAAACGCGUUGAUAGAGCUUCAAAGAGUAUACAAGAACUCUUCGAGUGCUGCUACUGGCAAAAGUCCGGUUGUUGUUUGAGACUUGAACGUUUAUCUUCCUGGCAACAGGAUUUACGAACCGUUAAGAGAUAUGUGGAGGUAAUCGCUAUUCCAAACUCCGUUGAAAUUUCCCCGGACACUAGCGGAAGAUAAGGUUUGUUCACCUAGA